AUGCGCUCUUCAACUCGUUCUCAUACCCUUCUUAUCGUUCUGCUUGCGUGGGCCAACCUACGCGAAGUCGCCUCGGAGAGUCUUCAAGGUUGCGCCGCGGUCCACUGCCCCAAUGUCUCGCCAGAAUUCAUCGUCAUCUCGUGCCAGGUCCAGGAUCAGGACAGUAGGUGGAUAGGCCUCGAGACUGAGACCAAUCCGAUUGACUCUACAGCUGGUGACUUUACGUGGACUCUGACGGUAGAUCCUAAUCCACCACUUGUCGAUGGCCAGAACAUACCUGGAGUGACGCGCUCGUUCCACCUUGGGACGCCUCCCGGGACGGCAUUGCGUGAUGCCAACUUCACAGGUUGCGCGUUGUUUUUCGAUCGGCCAAAUUGGCAUGGAUUUGUCCUUGAGCCGGACUCAGGAGAUUACACGCAAGUCACGAGCGAUGACUGCUCUUGGGGUUUUGGAGCCGAUACAGGCGACCAAUGCCUCGAGGACCUACAAUCUACUGCCCUGGAGCUCGCCGACCAGGCGACGAGCAGUCAGAGUAGCACCACGAUUUGUGCGAACAUUGCCCAAUCCNNCCUCAACAGGGAGGCCCCAUCGUCGUGCUCUCGCUUGCAACAGAACGACAUCUAUCCCUACACCGUACAUGCAGUUGCUUUGACCGAUGCCGAUGCCCCUGAACCAAUCACCUGGGCAUCCAACGAAUCGUCCAACUGCUGGCCGAUCCUUCCGAAGACGAAUGAGCUUAUCCCGCUGUACUCCUACACCUUCGCAAACAAUGAAAGCUAUCCGUGGUUCGCGUACAGUCCGGUAUUGAGCUUGUUCUUUAACGGAGAGGACUCCGCUUCCAGUACCGGUGGCCGCCUGCGAGAGUCGUCGUUUCAUUGCUUGAAAGCUAUAGACUCUGACGACGCCAGCUUGGCUACAAAGACUGAUGGUACAGGGGAUGACGAUACAACAAAUUCGGCUGGGCGUCAAGGAAUCGUGCGAUGGGGAGUUUAUGUCUCGGCUCUUGCGAUGAUGUUUGCGUUUUAUCACGGCUCUUAG